CAGAGAAGAAAACAUAAAAUCUCUCCGAAGUGGACGAGGUCACAGAAAGUGAAACCAAGUGAACAAUUGACUCUGAGAGCAGACGCGCAUGUUGCGAGUCCCCGCUGAACCGAAAAAACAAACGACGGUGAAGUGAAUCUGGUCCGAUCGUCGUCUGUUCAUGGAAGAUUCAACCGCAAGGGAGCUGAUCGCGUCGUUGGAUGGUGAUUCUGGAGACGGGACUUUGAUAUUAGAAGAAUGGAAUGGCUCGUCUUCUUCAAAGCUUUCGAGAACCGCCAUCAUCACUGCUGCUCCUUCUCUUUCCAUACAAAGAUCGGGCAAUCGAUUCGGCCAUGUCUGGAGACGUGUUCUUGAAGCAUUUGUCCCUGAGGGCUUUCCUAGCAGUGUAACCCCUGAUUAUGUCCCUUUCCAAGUUUGGGAUUCAUUGCAGGGCCUUUCGACCUACAUAAGGACCAUGCUUUCCACUCAGGCUCUUCUGAGUGCCAUUGGAGUUGGCGAAAAAUCAGCGACUGUUCUAGGUGCGACAUUCCAGUGGUUUUUGAGGGAUUUAACUGGCAUGGUUGGAGGCAUUUUAUUCACAUUCUACCAGGGUUCAAAUUUGGAUAGCAAUGCCAAAAAGUGGCGUUUGGUUGCCGACCUCAUGAAUGAUCUUGGGAUGUUGAUGGACCUUGUCUCCCCAUUGUGUCCUUCAGCAUUUGUUUUUGUUGUUUGCUUAGGAAGCCUUUCGAGAUCUUUCACUGGUGUUGCUAGUGGAGCAACUAGAGCUGCUUUGACUCAGCAUUUUGCCCUUCAGAAUAAUGCAGCGGAUAUAUCUGCGAAGGAGGGAAGUCAGGAGACUGUUGCUACAAUGAUUGGCAUGGCAUUGGGGAUGCUUCUUGCACGCAUUACGAUCGGACAUCCUCUAUUUAUUUGGUUUUCUUUUCUCUCACUUACCAUUUUCCACAUGUAUGCAAAUUACAAGGCUGUUCAGUGCCUUGCACUGACUUCGUUAAAUGUCGAAAGGAGUUCAAUCGUUUUGCAGCAUUUCAUGGAAACUGGGCAAGUCCCCUCCCCAGCACAGGUUUCCAAACUGGAGCAUAUUUUGCCUACCUGGAUGUCUUCAUGGGGCUUGAAGAAAGUGAAGUUGUUGCAUACACGAAUAAAAUUGGGUGCGAGAGUAUCCUCUCUUGGGCAGGAGGAGAUGAUGAUCCUUCUGCAGACAGCAAAAUCUCAUGCUUACAAAGGGAAGUACUUGAUAGUUGAAAGGAACAAAGACAUCAGCAUUGUCAUGCAUAAAAGUGCGACAGCUGCUGAUGUCUUGCAGUCAUUUAUUCAUGCACUUGUGGAGGCAUACCAAAUAAAUGAUGAUUCUGCGCAUUCAGAAAGCCAGACAUGGAUGGAUAAAAAUUACGAAGUAUUUCUUCUGAAGUUGAAGUCAUUGGGAUGGAAAACAGAACGCCUUUUAACACCAUCAAUUAUCUGGAGGGCUGAGUGGAUUUAUAGUUCUGUCGAUAAGAAAACUAGCUAGGUUCUUUCAUCUGUCAGCUAUUGCAACAAACAAUGAAAGGGAGAAAUCGUUUAAUGCUUGUUGGGCACCGGCAUGCUUGUCAGGGAGCACAGAACUAUGGAGCUGAUGCAUCGAUUUGAAUUACUUCCCAUGCUUUAAUGUAUCUACCACUAAUGAGGUAUCAAACAUAUUUGGGUUCAAUCA